AUGGAAUUUGACUGGGGAUUCAAGAACCCAGGGCCUAAGACGCAAAAGUACGAGGAAGAAGUAUCAUCAUUCUUUUAUUCACAAAACAUUAAUCCUUACAUAUGUCAAAAACUUCCCGAGUAUCUUAUGCAAAUUCCGGAAUUGACUAACGUACAAGUAAAAGAGAAAUCUUGCGGUCUGGGCGAGUGGGAUGGUCAGCUGGGCGAAAUGAGUUUACGGCAUUUAUUCAUGUGUACCAGCGCGUUUGAGGUCGUGUUCACGCGAUUCACAAACAUUACCCAAAAAGAAUACAAAAGAAAGGUUAAAGAACUCACCAAAGAAUUUGGGGUUUUCAAGACAUAUUGUACUAACAUAAGAAUGUUUGCGAAAAAAAUUUAA